GACCUUCCUUUCGGAGAUGGACGGCCUCCUUCUCCUCUCCUCUUGGUUUUCCUCCUCCACCUCCUGAGGAUCUCUUGAUCCCCCACCAGAUGCAUCAGGACUUUCGCAGGAGGGCUUCCCCGUAGCUGGAAAUGAUCUCCGCCAGAUGACUCUGGCUUUUUUUGGGGGGGAACCUUCUGCCGAGCCAUGGAGAUUGGUCUGUUGGGACUUCUUCUUUGGUGCUUCCAUCUGGAACUCCUGUGGGCAGCCGGGAUCUUUCAACAUCCACGCUCAGCUCCGCCCAAGGCCAGGACACCCAAGGCGAAGGAAUGGACUCCUUCCUCCUCAUCUUCUCUGGCUUCGCCUUUCACCUGGGUGCCCACCCCGAACUUGGAUAAGGCCGAUCCUGAGGGAUCAGAGGCAGCGGUGGCUUUCCUGUACUCUGGGGACGUGGUGCGCCUCUCACAAGCCAACUGUACUCAGAGAUUUGAGGUGAGGGAUGUGGGGAAGGCCUCUAGCCCUCCUCCGGCCUUGCGUUCCUCUUUGCGUGGCGCUACUGACACCCUGGCCCAUGCCACCAAUUUCCUCAACAUGGUCUUCCAGACCAACGACAUCCGUGAGUCUAGUGUGAACGAGGAUGUGGACUGGUACCAUGCUUUGGUCAGAAGUGUCAUGGAAGGAGAUCCCCAAGUAUACCGAGCCAUGCUGACCUUUGACCCACACCCGGUGUCUUCCAAGCCCCAGAUGAUGCUCCAGGCCACCAAGGAGAACAAUGAGAUACGACUCCAGGAUCUCUCAGCCUCCGCAGAAAGCCUGAGGAACUUAACUUGGGAAAAUGAGUGGUACAACUUCUUCCGGUUCCAGAAGGCCCCGAAACUCUACAAGCGAAUCCUCAGCAAUGAUCUCAAGACGCUAGACACUCCCAAAUGGAGCCGGGGAGAUAGCUAUGUGAUGGAUACAGACCACGUCAAGUGGUCACCACCUUUCCUGGAAUGUGAAGAUGGGAAAUUCCUGCCCAACUGGAUGGUCACGCUCUCUUCUUCCUUCUACGGCCUCAAGCCUGACCUGAAACCAGAAUUCAAGGGGGUCGUGAGGAUGGAUGUUAAAAUCCGGAACAUUGAUAUAAACCAAUGCACCGGUGGACAGGGCUGGUUUGCAAACACACACCAGUGCGAUCUCAACAGCACAAAGUGCAUCCCGCAGGAAAACGAGGGCUUCAUCCUUGGAAGAUACCUUUGCCCCUGUAAACCGGGUUUCUACCGGCUAAGCAGGCCCUUCUCCUCGUCCAGCAAUGGCUGGUCCGGCAAAAGCUCGUCCCAGUAUGCAGGCCAGUACGGGACGGUGGAUACUGGGAAUUUGCUGGAGUGCCGCCCCUGUCAGGAGGGAUGCACCACCUGCAUUGACGACAUGCCCUGUUUGAUCAAAGAAGACUGGUCGCUGCGGGCCGCCAUCCUGGCGUUCCAGGCCUUCUGCAUGCUGGCCGUCUUCCUCAGCAUGCUGGUCUCCUACCACUUCAGGAAGAGCAAGAGGAUUCGGGCUUCAGGUGUUAUUCUUCUAGAGACGAUACUCUUUGGCUCACUUCUUCUCUACUUUCCUGUGUUCAUCCUCUACUUCAAACCGAGCAUCUUUCGCUGCAUUGUCCUGCGCUGGGUGCGUAUGUUGGGUUUUGCCACUGUGUACGGAACGAUUACUCUCAAACUGUACAGGGUCUUAAAGGUCUUUCUCUCCCGCACGGCCCAGAGAGUCCCUUACAUGACCAGCGGGCGGGUUAUGAAGAUGCUGGCUUUGAUCCUGCUCUUGGUGCUUUGGUUCUUAGCAGCCUGGACCGUUGGGAUGUUGGAGAACAUAGAGAAGAACAUCCCACUGGUGGUCCGAUCCCAGACCACGAAUGGCCUCCAGUUCUACAUCUGUGACCAUGACCGCUGGGACUACAUGAUGGUUGUUGCGGAGAUGCUGUUCUUGUUCUGGGGAAGUUUCCUCUGCUACGCCACGCGGACAGUCCCUUCCGCUUUCCAUGAGCCACGCUACAUGGGCAUCGCCCUCCACAAUGAGUUGAUCGUUUCAGCUGCCUUCCACGUUGUCAGGUUUUUAAUGGUUCCUUCUCUGCAUCCAGACUGGACGCUGCUGCUGUUCUUCAUUCACACACACAUCACGACCACGUUGACGCUGGCGCUUCUUUUCAUCCCAAAGUUCCUGCACGUGGGGUCGCCCUUGAGGGAGGAAAUUGCUGCUGAGGUGUACGAGGACGAGCUGGACAUGAGGCGAUCGGGCUCCUACCUGAACAGCAGCAUCACCUCAGCCUGGAGUGAGCACAGCCUUGACCCCGAUGACAUUCGGGAUGAACUGAAAAAGCUUUACACGCAAUUGGAGGUCCAUAAGACCAAGAAGAUGACCGCCAACAACCCUCACCUUCAAAAGAAGAGGAGUUCCAAGAGGGGGAUCGGCCGUUCCCUCAUGAAGCGUAUCACGGAGAUCCCCGAAUCUAUGUCCCGCCAGUGCAGCAAAGAGGAGAAAGACGUAUCAGCCAGCGGAGGCGGCGGGAGUCGCGCGGGCUCCUACAAGCGAAGGCAUGUAGACUCUGGCAGCUCAAGCGUGAAGCUAAAAGACGACUUUUCUUCCAAGCGCAAGGUGGCCCCAUCGAUGAAGAAGUCCCACAGCACUUACGAUAACAUGAGGGAUAUCAAGGAGAACAACUUACCAGCCAGGCACGACAGCUGCAAGGAAGCUCCCUUGCUGGAUUCGCUGAUGAGGAAAAAGCUAGCCAAGAAAGCUUCAGAGAGAUCCAACAGCGAUUCUCUUGAUGAUUCAGCACCUCUGGUCUACAAGUCAGCGAGCGCUCACAACCUGUCGGCGGAUAAGAGACCUCUGCACCCCAGGCCUUCUCCUCUACAGAAAUCCCUCAGUGUUGCCACCAGUGCCAAAGAGAAGGCCUUGCUGCUCACCAGCAGAGCUUACCUUGAAGACAGUGGUAGGCAAAGCCAAGGCAAAGAGAAGAGAGCAGAGGGCGACUCCACAACGGGAAGCGAGGCCUCUGGACACACCAAGAUUACCGACGUUGCCUCACAUCUACAGAGGGGUGCAACUCCAAGCUCCCUUCUGGAAGACAGCAACUCCAUCACAGAUACUGCCCGCUUGGAGGAAGCGGUUUCAGCUUCCAUCACAGCCCCAUCGACACCCUUAGAAGGCAGGAUACAGAAACACGUCACCUAUGCCCCCAACAGGAGUUACAGCGUGCACAGCCCCAGUUCAGCAGGAAAGAGACACCAGGCCGGCAAAAAGACACCCCCUGAGCCACCCGUCCGGCAACAAAGCUUGGGUCUUAGCCUCGAAAGAAGAGACCAAACACUGGCUCUCACCCCGUCUUUGAAGAGACAUUCCAUAGGCAGUCCAACGCUGGCAAAUGUACCCCCUUGGGAAACAAUGGAGUCUCUGGCAAAGAGCGAGACAGAAAGAAGUAGACAAGUAGCCGAUGACAAACCACUGCCUUCUCCCCUUGGGCUACAAAGGCUGGCCUCUAUUGCUGCAGAAGUCUGUCCUUGGGAGGUCAUGGAAGUACCAAGCAAAAAAGACCCACCAGGGAGCGAGGUGGAGAGUCAAACUGACUCUCCAGAAAAACAAUCCCCUCAGGUCUCCAUUCCAAAAAGCUCCAUGAAAAGCUUAAGUCGGGCCAUUAAGGCAUUCAACCGGUCACGGGUUAAGGCAAGCGUGACAGCAAGGAAGGAUAGUGAAGAAAGCCCAAAAAAGCAUGAGAGAGAGAAAUCUGUGGAUGGAAAGAAUGAAAAGCCCAGGCUGGCAGAAAUAGCCUCUCUGUCUGUUGGAGGGUCACCGAGGCAACAGGAAACCCCUGGGAGCCCAGAGCAAAGCAGGAUAAAAGUAACCAUCAGGCAAGCAAGCAUCUCUCCUUGGGAUGAGGAGAACGUCCCAUCCAGCCCACAGUGGGACUCCACGUGGAGGAGCCUAGAAACUGAUCAAAACACAGAGGAUAAAACCUCCAAGUUUGCUCUAAUGGUUCCAAGAACAGACAAUAAAAAGGCAGCGGUGUAUCCUUGGGAAGUGGCAGAGGCCAUAGCCAGCAUUAAAAGUGACGGACGGUCCUCGGGAAUGAGCACAGCUUUGCCAAGAGAGGAAUCAAUAAAAGAGGAGAAAGAGAAGCCUUCGAGUAUGGAGAUCGAUAAGGCACAAAUUUGUCCUUGGGAAACCGAGGAGGUGAAUACCAGCGAUAAAGCACUGAUCUGCCCUUGGGAUGUGGAAGAACCUCCAACGAAGAUGUCGUCUGUGGAGAACAAGGUCGCCUUUUCCAAAGAAAACAGCAGAACCCAACGAACGAAGGCAAUGGAGAAAAUCAGCCGCCAAGUAGAUGCCAUUUGCCCCUGGGAGUCCAUGGAAUUACCAGCAAAAAUAGAAGAUGAUCAAAACGCAGCCACCCGUAGGAAAUCUGAAGAAGGGACAAACAUCAGAAUAGUGAUAUGUCCUUGGGAGACGAGUGAUGCCUUCCCAGUGACAGACCAAACAGAUCAGGAUCCAGGAGAGGAAUCCAAAAAGGCUGAAAGGACAAACCUCAGAAGUCCCAUAUCAGAGGAGAUCAUUGACACUCUAUCUAGAAAAUGGGAUAAAGAGGGCAGCUGUCAAGAUUCUGCUUGCCCUUGGGAAAAUGUAGGAGAUGAAGAAUCCGGCACAGGAAUUGCUGCUAAAAUACUAGAUCUAUCCAAAGUCAUUUUGAAGACAAGCAGCAGCGAGGAGAGUAAAAAGGCAGCGGUUUGUCCUUGGGAAGCUGAAGAUCUUGAAAUCGGCUCUAAGGCAGCAAUCUGCCCCUGGGAAGUGACUCUGGCUCCAUCAGAAAGAAGGACUUCAGUACAUGAUAAGGGCGGAGCUUCAGCAAGGAUAGGAGAGCUCAUGGCUACAUCUCCAGAGAUGGCAAGCAGUCCACGAAAAUCCAUCUGUCCUUGGGAAACGAUGGACCCUCACGAAAUUCCAUCAGAGACCAGUGCUAAAAGUCCAGAUCAAUCUAAAGUAGACUGCGAAGAAUUCAGCAGCACUGAUACUUUCAAGGCAAAGGUGUGUCCUUGGGAAAGUCAGGAAACAGAAUCUAGGACUAAGGCAGAUGUGUGCCCGUGGGAGGAGGCUGAAAGCUCACCGAGUACAAGAGCAUCCUCAAAAGGUAGCAGGACUCUUGAACGGGAUAGGACUACCCCUUCAAAAGAAACGGGGUCUUUUAAAGCAACACAGAAAAUGAGCAGCCCACGAGAGUCAGUCUGCCCAUGGGAAAACGUAGAUCCUAGUGAAGUCUUUGUUCAACCGGAAGUGUCUAAAGCCCCUUCUAAGAAAUCAGAGAGUGCUGACAGCUUAAGGGUAGAAAUUUGUCCUUGGGAAAUCCCUGAAAGUCCACCAAAUAAAAGGGCUGCAAGCAAUCAAGACAGCAAGGGUGCCACACCAAAGCCUAUGGAAAAGCUGAGCAGCCAACGAGAAGAAGUCUGUCCUUGGGAAAGCAUGGAGGCUGAGGAACCUUCCACGAGAUCAGGUGGCCAAAGCCCAGUCUCGGGGAAAUCACAUAGCAUUGAAAGUCUAAGGGCAGUGGUUUGUCCAUGGGAAACUUCAGAAGAAGACCUCAGCACGGUAGACGUGUGCCCAUGGACAGUGGUGAAGGCACCCUUUGAACAAAAGAAGUUAAGGCAUGACUCAUUUGGGGCUUCCAAAGGGUAUACAGACAGGGCACCAAGUAGUCCUGCUGCAAAGAAAGCUGGGGGAGGAACUGCAUUUAAGAAGAUAGAGAAGUCCAAGAGCAACCAAGAGACAGUUUGCGCCUGGGGGAGUAUGGAUUUUGAGAAACCACCUGCCAAAAGCACCCGCAGUCUAGAUUUGUUGCUUGUGGGUUACAAAAAAUGUGACAGCGUUGAGAGCCUAAAAGCAGAGAUUUGCCCAUGGGAAUUCCAGGAGGUUCAUACGAGAGAUGAAAUAUGUCCAUGGGAGGCAUAUGAAGGACCAUCAGAGAGAGACGCCUUGAAAGAGGAUAAAGGUAGGAGUUCCAUAGAUGAAACAGACACCAGAUCAGUGGGAUUGUGGAAGGGCAUGGAGAAAGAGGGCAGCCUGCAAGAAUCCAUUUCCCCAUGGGAUAGCAUAGAACUACUGAGCAGCAAAAGCCCAGACCGGUCCAAAGCUGGCACUAGCAAAUCAGACAGUUUUGAAAGCUUGAGGGCAGAGGUAUGCCCUUGGGAAGUAGAGGGAGAAGCAUCUAACAGUUCAGUGCAGCUCUUGAAAAUAGAGCCAGUGCUAAUCACUAAAAUGGUAUUAAAACAAGAUACGAGCAGAGCUUUGAAAGGCAAGAGACCGACCAGCCCAGACUGGAGGAACAUUGGUGGAUCAAGAGAGUCUAGAAAAAUAGAGAAGGCUCACAGCCAUCAAGAGUUAGCUUACAAGAGUACUGACAAACACUCCAUGAAACAAAGCAGUAAAAGCUUCGAUCUGUCUAAGAUCGGAUCCCAAAAAUCUGACAGUGCGGAAAGUCUGAGAGUUGACGUCUGCCCUUGGGAAUCCCAGGAGUUCGAACUGAUAACCCAAACAGAAGCAUUUCCCUGGGAGGCAGCUGAUGUUCCUUUAGAGAAGAGGCUAUCGAGGAGAUUCGUCAGCAGGGCUUCCCAAAGGGAUACCAAAGCAGUUAAAAAAGGCCCCGGAGAUACACCGAAAGUCUUGGCAUCGAGCCAUUCGGCCAGCACUUCGAUAAAGAAAUCCGACAGCCUUGAAAGCAGGAGGACAACGGUUUGCCCUUGGGAAGCAGAAUCUCCAGAAUUAUCUGUUAAGGAGAUUUGCCCAUGGGAAACAGGAACUGUGUCGGUCACUGAGACCAAGAAACAGGCAACGUGCCCCGACAAGACAGAGAUGCCACCUAUCAGUGAGAGAAGACCCCAAAGCCAGCUUGAGGGUCUGGCUAGACACAGACCUCUGUGCCGCACCUACCCUGAAAGCAUGCUACCAAAAGGCUUAAGCAAAGGUGGAGGCACGCGGGCCACUGCCACAAUAAAAACCAGAAGCGACACCGCCGUGGCCGACAUCUGUCCUUGGGACGACCCUGCCCCCGCCAGAAAAGACUCUGUCACCAUCAGCAAAGCUUUCUCAGACGCGUCUCUAUGGGAGGCGAGAAAAAGCGGCUCCGCUCUAGCCAGAGGCCGAACAGGGGAGAAGCCCCAGGCUCGUGAGACAAAGAGUCCUAGGGAAGGCAAAUCAGUUACCUGUCCUUGGGACUCCGACUGA